AUGGCAAAUUUACUCCGCUCAGCCAAGUCUGGCAGUGACUGGGGAGAGAAUGAACUCUAUGUUUUCAAUAUUGGAAUAGCCAAUGAAGACGCAUAUGACAACAUUGAUGAACCGCCCGACACAACCAAGGCAGACAUCGAUUUUUUCGCGUAUUUGGAGGAUGCCAUUGCUGUUCCUCCCAAUGAAGAGUCUUUCGUGGAUGAUUUUGCAUCUAUUGUUCUUAAAUUGAUGGGAUAUGACUCUGGUCGCCGUAUCAUUCACCAACAGAAGGAACUCUCUUUUGGGAUGUGCGGACGGCGGGUGUCUGCCAAGACGGACGUUUGUGUUAUGGAACGUGGGGGAGCCGUGAGGUAUUUGUUGCUUGUACAGAAGGACAAAGAACAUGAUGUCCAGCCAUGUCGUUUUCAGUGCCUAAAUCAACCCAAUAGCACCAUUUAUCCAGCGUCAACCCAGAACCUCAGCUUGUGGCCGAAGCGUUUUAUCAGAAUAACAAAGGAUGAGAACGCAUAG